GCCUCGUGCGAACGUUCCGUGAUCUCAGCUCCGCCGUUUGUCGAUCGCGAUAACCGGUUCGGUCGUCCUAUCAUUAGGCGUCCUUAGAACUAUACUAAUUGUUUAGUGCCGUUCUCACUCUUGAAAAACUUCCACACUUUGGACACAGUGAUUUAAAUACUUUUUUUAAUUAAGAUUGGUGUUUUAAAAAACUUUUGUGAAGUGUUGUUAUAUUUGUCGUAAAUUCUAAUUAAAUGUAAUAAACAAUUGUCAGUGAAUAAUUAUUACCUGUGAAACUUUACUGUGUUUUUAAGCGUAAGUUCAAUUUGCGUGAAGUUUUGAAGUUCGUAAUAAAGUUCUGUGAGUAAUUUGGUAAAGUGAAAACCCAAACUAAUUCCUUUGAACUUUGCACCGUGAAAGCUCUACUAUUCCACAACAGAUCCGAGAUUCUGCAAGUCAUCUCACUCCAACAAAUAUUUCAAACAAAAUAACGCAACGUAACAUGUCAUAAGGUACAUAUUGGUGAUGAGAGGAUGAGCCAUGGAAUCACGCAGCGCGCCGCCGAGCCCCGAGGAUCCCGGGGAGGCGGUGUUCGACACUCGAUGCGGUCGAUACCCGCACCAGCCAUCCCUGCAAAGAAACUUCGCCAGCUGUCGCGAAACGACGCGUCCACGUCCCCUCCAUCGCCAUGCUGCAUCUGAACCUGCACGGCCUGAUGAUCACGUCCUAACUACUGCCGAGGUUCACGACUAUCCCUCUUCUGAAUCAGGCAUAGCGGCAGACUGCCCUCAUCCACACACGAGUAACGCAGAAGACAGUCCUUCAUACGACAGAUCAGAUUACGAAGGGAACUGUAACUAUACUCUCAGGCGUACACCUGAUUAUCAUCAUACACUCGACUGUAAACAUAGGACCCUAGAUUAUAAUCGAAGUCGAACUCCUGAUUACAGUCAUGGACAUAUUAACGAUUUUGACCGGGGUCAUAGUAAAACACAACAGCCUCGUCGAACGCAUAGGAAGCACAGACGAGAAGAAGACGACGGUGCUCAUUCUUUGGAUGAACGAUGCGCACGCGACCUUGACGAAAUCUUACCGGCCAGACUUGCAGCAGUUAACUUGUCAAGAGAACCGCCACCGCAGACGUGGGAUCGCAGCAACAUCACCGCUACUAUGGAGCGAUUUGAGCCGAUUGAUUAUUCAUAUGCUUACUACGACCACCAUUUAUCGAUGCCGUCGUCUUCAAGAAAAGCAAAUCGACAACGAGGACGUGGUGCAGUUCCACGGGAGCGAACCUCUCGUCACAAUUAUGUCACAAGAUAUGGAACGGAAGAAAAUAUCUACGAAGAAAUUACUGAUGGUACGAGAACUUGCCCAAAACAUCGCUACGUUCCUAGGCAGUCGCUAGUAUCGCUGGACAGAAGCGUGGUUGAAGAAGAGGUCCGCCGCGUAGAGUCAAGGCAUAAGCGAAUUUUAGGCGAACUGAAUCUAAGUGUCGAAGCCAUGCUGAUGCCUGAGUGUGAAUCGCCUGACUCAGAACGUGCAGAAGAUAGAGACAAUAUUGAAGAAUUACUAAGAGUGGGCCCAACGGAUGAGCUACUAUCACCGGCCAGUUGUAAUCCUCCGGAUUUAGAUAGCGGUUUUAGUGGGAGUAGUAGCGGUGCAAGCUAUGUGGGCAGCCUUCGUCGUAAGCCAACAGGCUCGGUACCGCAUUUACCUGCUGUGGCAUACGGGACACGCACUGCAGGUGUGAAGAUACUGAGUGCCGAAGAAUGUGGUGUACGAUUUCCAAGGGAUUCGCAAUCUCCUAGGAGCUCAAGUUGUGGGGAUGCAAAAGCCAGUGGAUUUUGGAAUAAAAAAUCCUGGAAGAAAAUAUCUGGGUUCUCCAGCUCGAAUAGCAUUAACAAAGCAGGCCUCACGGAUGAAGCGUGUAGGCCAAGCAGACCUAAAUCCAGAACAGCCACUAUCCCGUACAGCUACUCCAACGGAAAACUGGUGGUGCCGCUGGAUUCCGUAGCACAGAGCUGAGGGGACUGUCCCCCUCGUCAUUCCGUUAUCGAACUCCUCAGAGGUUCUCCUCGACACGAAGGUCCAUCAGUAAAUAGUGAGCCUUCACUGUGAACAGCGCGUAUCGGACUAUGGAAUUUAAAAUAAAAAAUUAUAAAGUACCAACAUUCCAAUAUUACAUUUAUAAAUAGGCAACGGCGAGUCUGAAAGACAAACUGUCGGAUUGAUGAAUGUAUUGUGUGUCGUGUAUAUUAUAUAGCCAGUAAAACUUUUAACAUGCAAUGAGUGUAUACGUCGAAGUGAUAGAAAAGCCUAAUAAUUUUGUUACGAACGAUCGUUUCAUAGAAACGUAAAGAAUACGUUGUUAUAACUUAUCAAUUUUUAGUAGAAUAGUGUUCGAGAAGGCUGACAGUCGAUCGGGUUUUGUAAAUUAUAAAACGGAAACUGCCA